AUGCACCAGGAUCAGUUCUUCCUUAGGUCACUUGAAAUACUGAAAUACAAAGAACAAGAAGACGUUCAAAUGUUUUCCGCUGUGAUGAGGAAACUUUACACUGCAUAUAUAAGAUCCGUUGUGAAAUCAUUCAGGAGUGGUUCUGUUGUUGCUGAACUAGAAAAUGAAUUCCAGAAUGACACGGUUAACCCUUCAUCUGCUGAGAUGGAAAGCAAAGUCUUGGAAGAGAUACGAAGUAAUAGUAGCAGGGCUGGAGAUCUCGAAGUAGAUACCAUUAACACUACUACUGCUGCAACAACACUCCAAGUGACAACAACAGCUGCAAUCACGACAAUUGUAACAACAACUGCACCACUAAUAUCAGCAGGAACCACAACUGUACCUUCAACUGUUGCAGGGACACCAACUCUACCCACAACACCAGCUGGAACCACAACAGCUGCACUAACAACUGUUGCAGGGACAACAACUAUACCCACAACACCAGCUGGAACCACAACAGCUGCACUAACAACUGUUGCAGUGACAACAACUCUACCCACAACACCAGCUGGAACCACAACUGUACCUACAACUGUUGCAGUGACAACAACUAUACCCACAACACCAGCUGGAACCACAACUGUACCUACAACUGUUGCAGAGACAACAACUAUACCCACAAAACCAGCUGGAACCACAACUGUACCUACAACUGUUGCAGUGACAACAACUAUACCCACAACACCAGCUGGAACCACAACUGUACCUACAACUGUUGCAGUGACAACAACUAUACCCACAACACCAGCUGGAACCACAACUGUACCUACAACUGUUGCAGAGACAACAACUAUACCCACAACACCAGCUGGAACCACAACUGUACCUACAACUGUUGCAGUGACAACAACUAUACCCACAACACCAGCUGGAACCACAACUGUACCUACAACUGUUGCAGUGACAACAACUAUACCCACAACACCAGCUGGAACCACAACUGUACCUACAACUGUUGCAGAGACAACAACUAUACCCACAACACCAGCUGGAACCACAACUGUACCUACAACUGUUGCAGAGACAACAACUAUACCCACAACACCAGCUGGAACCACAACUGUACCUACAACUGUUGCAGUGACAACAACUAUACCCACAACACCAGCUGGAACCACAACUGUACCUACAACUGUUGCAGAGACAACAACUAUACCCACAACACCAGCUGGAACCACAACUGUACCUACAACUGUUGCAGAGACAACAACUAUACCCACAACACCAGCUGGAACCACAACUGUACCUACAACUGUUGCAGAGACAACAACUAUACCCUCAACACCAGCUGGAACCACAACUGUACCUACAACUGUUGCAGAGACAACAACUAUACCCACAACACCAGCUGGACCCACAACUGUACCUACAACUGUUGCAGAGACAACAACUAUACCCACAACACCAGCUGGAACCACAACUGUACCUACAAUUGUUGCAGAGACAACAACUAUACCCACAACACCAGCUGGAACCACAACAGCUGCACUAACAACUGUUGCAGGGACAACAACUAUACCCACAACACCAGCUGGAACCACAACAGCUGCACUAACAACUGUUGCAGAGACAGCAACUAUACCUACAACACCAGCUGGAACCACAACAGCUGCACCAACAACUGUUGCAGAGACAACAACUAUACCCACAACACCAGUUGGAACCACAACUGUACCUACAACUGUUGCAGAGACAACAACUAUACCCUCAACACCAGCUGGAACCACAACUGUACCUACAACUGUUGCAGAGACAACAACUAUACCCAUAACACCAGCUGGAACCACAACUGUACCUACAACUGUUGCAGAGACAACAUCUAUACCCACAACACCAGCUGGAACCACAACUGUACCUACAAUUGUUGCAGAGACAACAACUUUACCCACAACACCAGCUGGAACCACAACAGCUGCACUAACAACUGUUGCAGAGACAACAACUAUACCCACAACACCAGCUGGAACCACAACAGCUGCACUAACAACUGUUGCAGAGACAACAACUAUACCCACAACACCAGCUGGAACCACAACAGCUGCACUAACAACUGUUGCAGAGACAACAACUACACCCACAACACCAGCUGGAACCACAACAGCUGCACUAACAUCUGUUGCAGAGACAACAACUACACCCACAACACCAACUGGAACCACAACAGCUGCACCAACAACUGCUGUAGAGACAACAGCUACACUCACAACACCAGCUGGAACCACAACUGUACCCACAACUGUUGCAGACACAACAACUAUACCUACAACUGCUGCAGAGACAACAACUACACCCGCAACACAAGCUGGAACCACAACAGCUGCACUCACAACAGUUGUAGAGACAACAACUACACCCACUACACUAGCUGGAACCACAACUGUACCCACAACAGUUGCAGAGACAACAACUGCACCACCAACAAAUGCAGAAACCACAACUGUCCAUACAACUCUUGCAGAGACAACUACAACACAAGCACCUGCAGUUGUGGAAACCACACCAGCUACUACAGCUGCAAAAACUAAUUAUAAAGUAAUCACUAAAUUUAGAAUAACAAACAGAGACUACAUUCCGGAUCUUGCAGACCCAAACUCAGCUGCUUUUAAAAAGUCGGCAAAGGAUGUUCUUGAUACUUUUACUGUUGUGAUAAGGAAACUUUAUGCUGCCUAUAUAAGAUCCGUUGUGAAAUCAUUCAGGAGCGGUUCUGUUGUUGCUGAACUAGAAAAUGAAUUCCAGAAUGACACGGUUACCCCUUCAUCUGCUGAGAUGGAAAGCAAAGUCUUGGAAGAGAUACGAAGUAAUAGUAGCAGGGUUGGAGAUCUCGAAGUAGAUACCAUGAACACUACUACUGCUGCUGGAACCACAACUGUACCUACAACUGUUGUAGAGACAACAACUAUACCCACAACACCAGCUGGAACCACAACUGUACCUACAACUGUUGCAGAGACAACAACUAUACCCACAACACCAGCUGGAACCACAACUGUACCUACAACUGUUGCAGAGACAACAACUAUACCCACAACACCAGCUGGAACCACAACUGUACCUACAACUGUUGCAGAGACAACAACUAUACCCACAACACCAGCUGGAACCGCAACUGUACCUACAACUGUUGCAGAGACAACAACUAUACCCUCAACACCAGCUGGAACCACAACUGUACCUACAACUGUUGCAGAGACAACAACUAUACCCACAACACCAGCUGGAACCACAACUGUACCUACAACUGUUGCAGAGACAACAACUAUACCCACAACACCAGCUGGAACCACAACUGUACCUACAACUGUUGCAGAGGCAACAACUAUACCCACAACACCAGCUGGAACCACAACUGUACCUACAACUGUUGCAGAGACAACAACUAUACCCACAACACCAGCUGGAACCACAACUGUACCUACAACUGUUGCAGAGACAACAACUAUACCCUCAACACCAGCUGGAACCACAACUGUACCUACAACUGUUGCAGAGACAACAACUAUACCCACAACACCAGCUGGAACCACAACUGUACCUACAACUGUUGCAGAGACAACAACUAUACCCACAACACCAGCUGGAACCACAACAGCUGCACUAACAACUGUUGCAGGGACAACAACUAUACCCACAACACCAGCUGGAACCACAACAGCUGCACUAACAACUGUUGCAGAGACAACAACUAUACCCACAACACCAGCUGGAACCACAACAGCUGCACCAACAACUGUUGCAGAGACAACAACUACACCCACAACACCAGUUGGAACCACAACUGUACCUACAACUGUUGCAGAGACAACAACUAUACCCUCAACACCAGCUGGAACCACAACUGUACCUACAACUGUUGCAGAGACAACAACUAUUCCCACAACACCAGCUGGAACCACAACUGUACCUACAACUGUUGCAGAGACAACAACUAUACCCACAACACCAGCUGGAACCACAACUGUACCUACAAUUGUUGCAGAGACAACAACUAUACGCACAACACCAGCUGGAACCACAACAGCUGCACUAACAACUGUUGCAGAGAAAACAACUAUACCCACAACAUCAGCUGGAACCACAACAGCUGCACUAACAACUGUUGCAGAGCCAACAACUACACCCACAACACCAGCUGGAACCACAACAGCUGCGCCAACAACUGUUGCAGAGACAACAACUACACCCACAACACCAGUUGGAACCACAACUGUACUCGCAACAUCAGCUGGAACCACAACUACACUCACAGCAUCAGCUGGAACUACAACUGUUGCAGAGACAACAACUACACCCAAAACACCAGCUGGAACCACAACAGCUGCACUAACAACUGUUGCAGUGACAACAACUACACCCACAACACCAACUGGAACCACAACAGCUGCACCAACAACUGUUGCAGAGACAACAACUACACCCACAACACCAGCUGGAACCACAACUGUACUUGCAACACCAGCUGGAACCACAACUACACUCACAGCAUCAGCUGGAACUACAACUAAACCCACAACUCCAGCUGGAACCACAACUACACUCAAAACACCAGCUGGAACCACAACAGCUGCAUCCACUACUGUUGCAGAGACAACAACUACACCCACAACACCAGCUGGAACCACAACAGCUGCACUAACAACUGUUGCAGAGACAACAACUACACCCACAACACCAACUGGAACCACAACAGCUGCACUAACAACUGUUGCAGAGACAACAACUACACCCACAACACCAGCUGGAACCACAACAGCUGCACCAACAACUGCUGCAGAGACAACAGCUACACUCACAACACCAGCUGGAACCACAACUGUACCCACAACUGUUGCAGACACAACAACUAUACCUACAACUGUUGCAGAGACAACAACUACACCCACAACACCAGCUGGAACUGGAACCACAACAGCUGCAUUAACAACUGUUGCAGAAACAACAACUCCACCCACAACAGCAGCAGAAACAACAACUCCACCCACAACAGCAGCAGAAACAACAACUUCGCCCACAACACCAGCAGAAACAACUCCACCCACAACACCAGCUGUAACAACAACUUCACCCACAACACCAGCAGAAGCAACAACUCCACCCACAACACCAGCUGUAACAACAACUUCACCCAGAACACCAGCAGAAACAACAACUUUACCCACAACAGCAGCUGAAACAACAACUUCACCCACAACACUAGCUGAAACAACAACUUCACCUACAACACCAGCUGAAACAACAACUUCACCCACAGCAGCAGCUGUAACAACAACUUCACCUACAACACCAGCUGUGACAACAACUUCACCCACAACACCAGCAGAAACAACUUCACCCACAGCAGCAGCAGAAACAACAACUUCACCCACAACACCAGCUGUAACAACAACUUCACCCACAACACCAGCUGUAACAACAACUUCACCCACAACACCAGCUGUAACAACAACUCCCACCACAACACCAGCAGUAAACACAACACCAGCGGUCACAACAGCUCCCCCCACAACACCAGCGGUAACAACAGCUUCACCCACAACACCAGCUGGAACGACAACAUCUUCAACAACACCAGCAAGAACAACAACAACCACAGUACCAGUGGGACUGACAUCUUCAUCCACAACACCAACUGAAUUUGUUAGAACCAUUAGGAUUAGAAUAAUAAAUAGAGUAUUUACAGGUGACCUUAACAAUCCCAGAUCCCAAUACUAUAUGACGCUGAAAAGAGAAAUUGAAGAAUGGCUGCAAGUUAUUAUAAUUCAGCUCUAUCCUGCGUGUAGAAGGGUGUUUGUGAUCAUCUUCAGGUCAGGUAGUGUUGUGUCUGAUAUCGGAGCUGCUUUCGCAAAUGAAACCGUUGCCCCUACUCAAGAGGUGUUGCAGCAGACUGUCAUAGAUGAAAUACGAAGUAAUAGCAGCAUGGCGGGUGAUCUCCUGAUAGAUGAGCAGAAUGCUACAACUGUGGCAACUACAGUGCAAGUGACAACAACUGCAAUGCCAACAACAACAAAUUCACCCACAACGUCAGCUGUAACAACUUCAUUCACAACACCAGCUGGAACAACAACUUCACCAACAACACCAGCAGUAACAACAACUUCCCCUACAACACCAGCUGGAACAACAACUCCACCCACAACACCAGCUGGAACAACAACUUCGCCCACAACACCAGCAGGGACAACAACUUUACCUACAACACCAGUAGGAACAACAACAACUUUACCUACAACACCAGCAGGGACAACAACUAUUUCACCCACAACACCAACAGGGAUACCAACUACUUCACCCACAACACCAGCAGGAACAGCUACUUCACCAACAACACCAGUGGUAACAACUUCAUCCACCUCACCAGCAGUAACAACAACAACGUUGCCCACAACACCAGCAGGAACAACAACUAUUUCACCCACAACACCAACAGGGACAACAACAACUUUAUCCACAACACCAACAGGAACAACAAUUAUUUCACUCACAACAGCAACAGGAACAACAACAACUUCACCCACAACACCAGCAGGAACAACAACUAUUUUCCCCACAACACCAACAGGGACAACAACAAUUUCACCCACAACACCAGCAGGAACAACAACUAUUUCACCCACAACACCAAUAGAGACAACAACAACUUCACUGACAACACCAACAGGGACAACAACAAUUCCACCCACAACACCAGCAGGAACAACAACUUCACCCACAGCAACAGUAGGAACAACCACUUCUUCGCCCACAACACCAACAGGGACAACAACAACUCCACCCACAACACCAGCAGGAACACCAACUAUUUCACCCACAACACCAACAGGGACAACAACAACUUCACCCACAACACCAGCAGUAACAACAACUAUUUCACCCACAACACCAACAGAGACAACAACAACUUCAGCCACAACACCAGCAGGAACAACAAUUUCACCCACAGCAACAGUAAGAACAACCACUUCUUCGCCUAAAACACCAACAGGGACAACAACAACUCCACCCACAACACCAGCAGGAACAACAACUAUUUCACCCACAACACAAACAGGGACAACAACAACUUCACCCACAACACCAGCAGGAACAACAACUUUUUCACCCACAACACCAACAGAGACAACAACAACUUCAGCCACAACACCAGCAGGAACAACAUCUCUUUUACCCACAACACCAACAGGUACAACAAAUACUUCAACGACAACACCAGCAGGAACAACUAUUUCACCCACAACAGCAACAGGAACAACAACUUCACCCACAACACCAGCAAGAACAACAACUAUUUCAUCCACAACACCAGCAGGAACAAUUACUUCAACCACAACACCAGCAAGAUCAACAACAACUUCGCCUACAGGGACAACAACAACUCCACCCACAACACCAGCAGGAACAACAUCUAUUUCACCCACAACACCAACAGAGACAACAACAACUUCAGCCACAACACCAGCAGGAACAACAUCUCUUUUACCCACAACACCAACAGGUACAACAACUACUUCACCCACAACACCAACAGGUACAACAACUACUUCACCCAUAACACCAACAGGAACAACAACUACUUCCCCGACAACACCAGCAGGAACAACUAUUUCACCCACAACAGCAACAGGAACAACAACAACUUCACCCACAACACCAGCAAGAACAACAACUAUUUCACCCACAACACCAGCAGGAACAAUUACUUCAACCACAACACCAGCAAGAACAACAACAACUUUGCCCACAACACCCGCAGGAACAACAACUUCAACCACAAAUCCAGUGGGAACCACAACUUUAACUACAACACCAGCAAGAAACACAACUUCAACCACAAUAUCAACAGCUUCACCAGAUGGUGGAUUUACAACUACACAGAGCUUUUACUUUGUAAACAUUACACUAAAAAUAUUGAACAGAAAUUACACCUCUGACCUUGAAAAUCCAUCUACUGCCUACUAUAAAUCACUGAAAACAGAAAUCGAAGAACCGCUACUAAUUGUAAUAAAAGAGAAUCUGAAGCGGUCCGACUGUAGAGGAGUGUUUGUGAUUCGCUACAGGAAUGAUUCUGUGAUUUCUGAAAUAGCAGUUGCAUUCCCGAGUGAAACAGAUGCCCCUACCGCUGAUGAAUUACAAAAUCAGAUCUUAGAGGCCAUAAGAAAUAACGGAAGCUGGUUGGGAAAUCUUCAAAUUUAUACUGGGAUCCUUACAACCACAGCCCCAAUGCUAUCUGGGACAACGACAACAAACACAUCUACACUUGGAUCAACCAUGAAAAUGACUACACAACCUACCACAACAAGCAGAUCUACACUUGGGUCAACCAUAAAAAUGACUACACAACCUUUUGAAGAUGUUACUGGUGUACCGCUGCAAAUGAGAAUUCUAAAUAGGAGUCUAUCAGAUUAUAAUGACAUCUUAAAAAAGCACAUAGAGGAUGAGGUUACAAAAGUAUUUGUUAAGGUAAAAAAAAACAUGCGGUAUUGCAGACUGGCUGACUACAGGGCCGGGUCGUUAUUUGUUUACCUACUCUUGUUCUUCGCUGAUUCACCCCCUACUAACCAAGAAGUUUUGGACAUAUUUUAUCAAGCUGUGCGUCCAACAGGCUUUAUUCUGACAGACCUGCAGCUUGAACCUGCGAGUAUACGAGCAGGAGCUGCAAUUGAAGCUACUAAUUCUUCCACAACCACCACAAGUGGCACAAGUACGACUAUAAGUGGCACCACACCUGGAACAAGUACAAUGACUACAAGUGGCACCACACCUGGAACAAGUACAAUGACUACAAGUGGCACCACACCUGGAACAAGUACAAUGACUACAAGUGGCACCACACCUGGAGCAAGUACAACUACUACAAGUGGCACAACGCCUGGCACAAGUACAAUGACUACAAGUGGCACAACGCCUGGAGCAAGUACAAUGACUACAAGUGGCACCACACCUGGAGCAAGUACAAUGACUACAAGUGGCACCAAACCUGGAACAAGUACAAUGACUACAAGUGGCACCACACCUGGAACAAGUACAAUGACUACAAGUGGCACAACACCUGGAGCAAGUACAAUGACUACGAGUGGAACCACACCUGGAGCAAGUACAACUACAAGUGGCACCACAUCUGGAGCAAGUACAAUGACUCCAAGUGGCACCACACCUGGAGCAAGUACAACUACAAGUGGCACCACAUCUGGAACAAGUACAAUGACUACAAGUGGUACCACAUCUGGAACAAGUACAAUGACUACAAGUGGCACCACACCUGGAGCAAGUACAAUGACUACAAGUGGCACCACACCUGGAACAAGUACAACAACUACAAGUGGCACCACACCUGGAGCAAGUACAAUGACUACAAGUGGCACCACACCUGGAACAAGUACAAUGACUACAAGUGGCACCACACCUGGAGCAAGUACAACGACUACAAGUGGCACCACACCUGGAGCAAGUACAAUGACUACAAGUAGCACCACACCUGGAGCAAGUACAACAACUACAAGUAGCACAACACCUGGAGCAAGUACAAUGACUACAAGUGGCACCACACCUGGAGCAAGUACAAUGACUACAAGUAGCACAACACCUGGAGCAAGUACAAUGACUACAAGUGGCACAACACCUGGAGCAAGUACAAUAACUACAAGUGGUACCACACCUGGAGCAAGUACAAUGACUACAAGUGGCACCACACCUGGAGCAAGUACAAUGACUACAAGUGGCACCACACCUGGAGCAAGUACAAUGACUACAAGUGGCACCACACCUGGAGCAAGUACAAUGACUACAAGUGGCACAACACCUGGAGCAAUAAUAAUGACUACAAGUGGCACCACACCUGCAGCAAGUAAAAUGACUACAAGUGGUACCACACCUGGAGCAAGUACAACAACUACAAGUGGCACCACACCUGGAGCAAGUACAAUGACUACAAGUGGUACCACACCUGGAGCAAGUACAAUGACUACAAGUGGCACAGCACCUGGAGCAAGUACAAUGACUACAAGUGGCACCACACCUGGAGCAAGUACAAUGACUACAAGUGGUACCACACCUGGAGCAAGUACAAUGACUACAAGUGGCACCACACCUGGAACAAGUACAAUGACUACAAGUGGUACCAUGCCAGGAGCAAGUAAAAUGACUACAAGUGGCACAACACCUGGAGCAAGUACAAUGACUACAAGUGGCACCACACCUGGAGCAAGUACAAUGACUACAAGUGGUACCACACCUGGAGCAAGUACAAUGACUACAAGUGGCACCACACCUGGAGCAAGUACAAUGACUACAAGUGGUACCACACCUGGAGCAAGUACAAUGACUACAAGUGGUACCACACCUGGAGUAAGUACAACGACUACAAGUGGCACCACAUCUGGAGCAAGUACAAUGACUACAAGUGGCACCACUUCUAGAACAAGUACGACCACAAGUGCCACCACAUCUAGAACAAGUACGACCACAAGUGCCACCACAUCUAGAACAAGUACCACCACACCUUUAAAGAUUACAACACCCAUAAAUAUCAGUACUACAAGAAGAACGACAGCCACAACAUCUGAGCAACAAAUUGUAUCAUCAAGUCAGGCAGCUGUCGGAGCGGGUAACAACAAUGAAUCGUUUCCUGGGUACGCCAUCGUCCUGAUCGUCAUAUUUGCUGUGUGUCUGUGCGCAUUCCCAAUAUUGUUUGCCAUACCUCAUAUAAAACUGGACGGUACAGUUGAAUACUGGGCACCUGGCAACAUGCCUUUUGCUUAUAGUUCACCCCAAAACACUGUAUGCAUUUCACCUAUAUGA